AUGAGGCAGCUGAAAUAUCACGAGCGGAAGCUCCUGAAGAAGGUCAACUUCCUCAGCUACAAGCGGGAGAGAGAAGAAAGGGAGAAACAGAUUACUGUGAGGUAUGUGUUGCAAGACCGGGACGAUUACAAGAAGUACAACAAACUGUGUGGAAAGAUUACGAAACUGGUCGACGUCCUUCGGCAGUUGGAGCCGACUGAUCCCACCAGGCUGGAGCUCACACAGAAUCUCUUGGACAAGUUGUACAAUGCUGGAGUGACACAUGUGAAGAAGAGUUUGGUCCAAUGUGAGAGGAUAUCAGUUUCGUCGUUUGCACGGAGGCGUUUAGCUGUUGUGAUGGUGAGGCUCCGGAUGGCUCAGUACAUCUCAGAGGCAGCUGCAUUUAUCGAGCAAGGCCACGUCCGAGUGGGCCCAACCACUGUCACUAAUCCUGCCUUUCAUGUGACUCGGAAUAUGGAGGAUUUUGUGACAUGGGUGGAUACAUCCAAAAUCAAGGCUAAGGUUCUCAAGUUUAAUGACCAGCUGGAUGACUAUGACGUGCUCAAUUGA